AUGAAAUUUGCUCUCUGUUUUGCACUUGCCGUAGCUCUUGUGGUCAGCGUCUCUGCUGACGCCGGUCAAUCUGCUUGCCGUGAUCCUGUGGAAAUCGGUCAGACCUACCAACAUCACUUCGAUCCGGCCAAGUAUUGGUAUUGCGAAACUUUUGGUGAGCCUGCUGUGGAGAAGGACUGUCCUGAGGGCAUGGCUUACAUGCACUUGCUGAAAGAAUGCAUACCAUGGGCCAGCUAUCAAUGGAAGCCACUUGACGAUCCACCAACCUUGGCAUAAAUGUAUUGUGAAAUUAUAAAAAAUAAAAUUGAGAAUGUAAAAGUCAAA